AUGCAAGAGCCACCUUUCCCAAAGGAUGCAGGAAAGCUGCGGAAGACCGUAACUGCUAGCAGUACCGAUGUUGAAGAUGAAGAGCAGGAGGAGGCCGUUGACUCCAACACACCUGCUACCCAGGAAGACCCCGUGGAACCCCCGAGAAUUUCACGGGACUAUCAUGACACGACUGUCUUACCGUUUCCGGAGAGGAUAAGGAAGCCAGUGGCCGAUGAACAAUUCAGCAAGUUCGUCGAGGUACCCACGAAUGCCAAGUAUAUCAAAGAUAUUCUUGGAAACAAGUGGAAACUGCCCACCACUGAGGACAUGCAGUUAACGAAAGAGUGUAGCGCUGCUAUACUCGAUCCUCUCCUGGUGAAGAAGAAAGACCCAGGCUGCCCCACCAUCACUUGCUCGAUCGGGGCUCAACAUUUCUCCAACGCCCUCUGCGACUUGGGAGCAAGCGUUAGUGUCAUGCCAAAGCUAGCAGAUCAAAUGGUCCACUAUCCCGCAGGGAUAGCAGAGAAUAUCCCGGUGAAAAUCCAGAAUUUCUUUAUUCCCGUCGACUUCGUCAUGCUCGACAUGGAAGUUGAUGCCAAGACGCCGCUCAUCUUGGGCAGGCCGUUCUUGAGCACAGCAAAUGCCCAUAUUGAUGUCGGUGCCGGAGAAAUCCAGCUCAACAUCAAUGGCCAGUAG